CAAUGGGCGACGCUGAAGCACUUCCCGACUACGUCCUGGACUCCAAUGCGGUCCUGAAGGACACGCAGGCCGCCUGGCGUCACGGGUCCCCCCCGGACUACUCCAAGACCCGCGCCUUCUACGAGGAGACCCGGUCGAUGCACCACGAGCCCGGCAGCCUGCCCUUCCUGGUCGAGAACCUGGUGAAGAACUGGGAGAUCGAGGCCUCUUACAAGACGUCGCUGGCGGACUGGCGCACGAUCGACCGCUCCAAGUACUUCGUCACGCUGAACGGUGGCCCCAAGCUGACGGGCGAGCACAUGCUGGAGGUGGGCACGUACAAUGCCCUCAUCACCCCCAACUCCUACUACGACCCCGCGCACAACGACUUCUCGGCCAGCCACAAGUCGUUCAAGCGCAUGAUGCCGACGUUUGCCUGGGAGGUGACGGAGGUGUACAGCGGGCCGCCGACGGUGGUGUUCAAGUGGCGCCAUUGGGGUGUGAUGGUUCGGGACUACGUGGGUGUGAAUGACAAGGGCGAAAAGGUCAAGAUCGCCGCUCACGGCGGCCCCAUCGACAUCCAGGGCGUCAUCAUCGCCAAGGUCAACAAGGCGCUGCAGCUGGAGCAGAUCGACGUGUGGUUCGACCCUCUGGAGAUGUUCCGGCAGAUCGCCAAGGACCACGAGCAGGUCAAGGUGGGCGAGGGCGAGGCCGCGUCGGGCUGUCCCUUUACGGGGGCGAAGAAGGAGUAG